AUGGCCCUGCUAUUUCUCAAGCAGAAGCUAUUCCCUUCCUGGGACCAGCCCAGCAAACCCAAUCAUCAGCGAAACAAAGCCUCUCGUGAGCCAUUGCUGAGGAAGAAUGGCUCCUCGUCUCCUGAUCUGAGACGCCCUGUGUUAUUAGACGACUCGGACAAUCUCGAUGGCUCGACCGUCGACGGCGGCAGUGAUAGGGAUAUCGAAGCCCAGACGCCGGGAUCAUAUAGCACAUUUGCAGGGUCGUCUCCGGAAAUUGGCGACUUGGACAAUGCGUCGGUUCGGAGUAGUGAUAGCAACUCGCGGUCUCGAAUCAACCCGAGAUUGAUCUCUGAUGCCAUUCUUGGUCUCUCAGAUGGCCUGACAGUUCCCUUCGCGUUGAGCGCUGGUCUAUCAGCCAUGGGUGAUACAAAAGUCGUUGUCAUUGGCGGGCUGGCAGAAUUGAUUGCCGGUGCUAUCUCAAUGGGUUUAGGAGGAUAUGUUGGCGCGAAAAGUGAAUUCGAGUCAUACGAAGCAACAGUGCGCGAGGUCAACGAGAUUAUCGACCACCCUGCCGAAACCCGAUCUAUAAUUCAUGCUACCUUUGCCAACUAUAAUCUUGCCCCAGACGCCAUCGACGCAAUCGCCAAUUCUCUGCAAGCAGAGCCGGAGCGACUACGUGACUUUCUCCUCAACUUCCACCACCGCGAAUCAGAGCCCGACUGCAACCAGGCGUACAUGUCGGCGUUGACUCUGACUCUCGGCUAUUUCAUUGGCGGGUUUAUCCCGCUCAUUCCAUAUUUCAUUGCCAGCCAGGUCCUCACGGCGUUUUAUGCUAGUAUUAUUGUUAUGGCCGUGACACUUUUUGUGUUUGGCUAUGUAAAGACGUGUAUUGUGAGGGGUUGGAGAGGUGGUGUCAAUAUCUGGGCUGGCAUGAUGGGUGGCCUUCAGAUGUGUGUGGUUGGUGGCCUUGCUGCAGGCGCUGCGGUGGCGCUGGUCAAACUGAUCAACGAGAAUAAUUAG